AUUCUUGAUCCUCUUGUCCAAUUUUUAGUUCAAGGAGCUGUUGGGGGGUCGUACCACAGUUGUAUAUUUAUUGGUGGACAUUUUGAUCUUUGGUUGUGGUGGUCUGGGGCUCUUAGUUGUUUGGUUCUUAGCUUCAUUCCUCUUCUUGUAGGUAGGGCUUUUGUGCAUUAUAUGUAUGCUUUUUUGUAAGAGUGAAAUCCAAACUAAAGAGCAUGCAGAAGGAUAACACUAGCACCCCAUUAACACCAACUGGUCGGGUUCGACAUCGAAGACGUUCAAAUGAGGUUGUUCCAGAUGUUAGUAUAGCCAAUGGAGGCAAUUUACUUGUUGAUGACAGUAACAAGUACAGGUCUAUGUGGAUACGGGCAUGCUCUUCUGUUUGGAUGAUUGGGGGAUUUGCAUUCAUUAUAUAUAUGGGUCAUCUCUGUAUUACUGUUAUGAUAGUUGUUAUCCAAAUCUUUAUGGCGAAAGAGUUGUUCAACCUACUAAGGCGAGACCAUGAAGAGAGGCAUCUCCCAGGAUUUAGGCUGUUAAAUUGGCUCUUCUUCUUCACUGCCAUGUUAUUUGUAUAUGGUCGCAUUCUCAGUCAACGGCUUUUUAAUACUAUAACUUCGGACAACUUUCUCCAUCAGUUUGUUAGCAGCCUUAUCAAGUAUCAUAUGGUUAUCUGCUACACCUUAUAUAUCGCAAGUUUGUUGUUUUGUGUGGUUCAUCAUUACAUUGAAGAAGAAGAGGAUGUACAAAUAUCAAUUUGGUUUCUUCUUCCAGCAACACUUAUAGUUAUCAACGACAUUGCUGCAUAUUUCUUUGGGUUCUUUUUUGGAAGAACCCCAUUGAUCAAAUUAUCUCCAAAAAAAACAUGGGAGGGAUUCAUUGAUGCUUCUGUUACAACUGUCAUAUCUGCAUUUUUGAUACUUAAUCAGUAG